CAUAGUCGACUUUGCCUCAAUGUCAAAUUAUUUGAUUUCAAUACAAUUCUACAUAGAACUUGUACAAAAUUUCUAACUAAAUUUUCUCGUACCUUGUUAAGCGGGGGUACACUCUUUCUUCAGUUUUUAAGCCCAUUUGAUCUUCAACAAUGUGGAUGUAUCUAGCAAAUCGUGCCUUUUUGAGUGCUGCAAGUGCCCAAAAAGGAUUACGAGAUAUUGAGGACCAAGGCAUGGUGGUUCUAUCAUCGCCCUCAGCUCAGUAUGAUGUUGAUGAUGGGGAUGACGAUGCCUCGGAGAGCGUUCACUUGGUCAAUCCAUCAAUGAAUGAGCUAAUGCAGGCCAUUCACACUGCCAACCAGAGGCAGAUAAUAAUAACCCAGCCCGGGAUUCAUAAUAAUUUCCAGAGUGGAGGUGGCACCUUCAGGGCCAUUGAUAAUGUGGGAGGAGUGGAGGAGUCCCAGCCCAAUUCCCUGACAUUUGUGGGCAUGACGGGAAAUGUGCAAGAUCGCAUCGAUUACUAUCCACACUUUGUUCGAGAGAUCUGCUCGAAUGUGGUUGAUCCAGAGUAUUUGCAUAGAGCUCUAUCCUUCGAUGACUUGGACUUUGUGGAUGGUGAUGAUGCCGCUGGUGAUGCUGCUUCUGCUGCUGCUGCUAAUGCUAAUCCCGAUGAUGUUGAUGAUGGUCUGCCCUCCAUGAACGGAGUCUCUCCCUCUCCCAUUGAUCUUAUGCUAUUGCGGGCUCUCUCCGCGGGUGCACUGAUGACCAUACCGGGUGAUGAUAAUUUACCCCAGCAAAUGGCAAUCCUUAAGCUACCCCCUCAUCCUUGUCAGCAAUGCAAGGGUGACCAGGAUCCGAUGACGAUAGCUCCGUAUUGGGGCCCAGGAUAUUGGAUUACCUUGGCCCACAUUGCGAUGGCAAUCGCCUGCCAUCGUUGGGAUCUAUGAGGAGGUCCACAUUUUUGUGUUAUUUGUUUGUUUUUCUUUUGUUCAGUUUUGGGAAGGGGAACAAGAUGAUUUGUUAUAAAUCAUUUUACCUAUUCGACAUAU